AACUCUCUGCCUGCAGUCAUGGAGCUCGGAGGGGCCUUCACCAUCUUUCUGGCUCUCUGCUUGUCCUGCCUGUUCAUCCUCAUUGCCUGGAAACGGACCCAGAAAGGGGGAAAGCUGCCCCCUGGCCCCACCCCGAUACCCUUCCUGGGGAACCUGCUGCAAGUCAGUACUGAAGCCACCUUUCAGUCGUUCAUGAAGCUCCAGGAGAAAUAUGGCCCAGUCUUCACAGUGUACAUGGGGCCCCGGCCCGUCGUUAUUUUGUGUGGACACGAAGCAGUGAAGGAGGCCCUGGUAGACCGAGCAGACGACUUCAGUGGCCGCGGAGAACUGGCUUCAAUAGACAGAAACUUCCUCGGUUACGGUGUAGCUAUGGCCAACGGGGAGCGAUGGCGGAUACUCCGACGCUUCUCCCUGACUAUUCUCCGGGACUUCGGGAUGGGAAAGCGGAGCAUUGAGGAGCGGAUCCAGGAGGAGGCCGGCUUCCUGCUAGAGGCAUUACGGAACACCAAGGGUGCCCCCAUCGAACCCACCUUCUUCCUGAGCCGCACCGUCUCCAACGUCAUCAGUUCUGUGGUCUUCGGAAGUCGCUUCGACUACGAGGACAAGCAGUUCCUGAAGCUGUUGCGGAUGAUCAAUGAGAGUUUCAUUGAGAUGAGCACGCCCUGGGCACAGCUCUACGACAUGUAUUCUGGCGUCAUGCAGUACUUGCCGGGAAGACACAACCGCAUCUACUAUUUAAUAGAGGAGCUCAAGGACUUCGUCGCCUCCAGGGUCAAGGUCAAUGAAGAGUCCUUUGACCCACAGAACCCUCGGGACUUCAUUGACUGUUUCCUGAUCAAGAUGCACCAGGACAAAAAUAAUCCCCAGACAGAAUUCAACCUCAGGAAUUUGGUCCUCACCACCCUCAACCUCUUCUUUGCUGGCACAGAGACGGUGAGCUCGACACUACGCUACGGGCUGCUGCUGCUGAUGAAGUACCCAGAGGUGGAAGGUGAGCUUGGCAGAGCCCACCUGAGCCACUUACCUGGUGACUCUUACCCACCAGGAAGGAGGACAUACCUUGUAACCUGA